AUGGACCUCGCCUCGCCGCCAGCCGGGGCCCCCGAAAAGCCCUGCGAUCCCUUCAGCGUCGACCCUGCGCGGCUGAUGCUCCCUCCUCCCGACCCCGUGCCGAGCGGCGACCCUAGCUGUGGGGGCGGCUCGCUCGACGAUAUCUUUCUUUUGAACUCCGAGCAGACUCCCGCCUUACUCAAUGAUAUCGAUGUUGAAAGCGUCGUAGGCCUUAGGGGAUUUCCCGAUUCCAUACCCACUGACUCCAUAUGGCCUAACACCAGCGACACUUUUCCAUGGACGGAUGGGACAUCACUGGAGCUAAACCACUAUGCCCAGCUCGGACCCCCGAGUCCACUGUUAUGCGACUCAGCCGAUGAAGUCCAAUUCUCCAUCUCGCUCGAGCACGAGUCCGACAAGGCUGCUCGCGACGAUCUCCACUUCGACGACUUUCUUCUGCCGCCCCUUCCCGACUUCAACGAAAUAGAAGACGCUCCCGGCGAUAGCAGCAUCCUUAACGAUUUUAUCAACCUUGACCAGAGCGGAGCUGCAACGCCCCUCGAACCCGCUCUGCCUACCCCGCGAGAGAAUGUCCAAAGCCCGAGCUGGUCUCCCCAGACUCCCGGAGCCUCGCCCUGGACGAGCAUGGACGUCGAGUUACUAGAAGUCAGGAGCCAUGAAGGGAACAACAGUUGCUCAGUUGAGGAAAUGAUCAACAAGGUUCUUGGAAGGAGGCGCGAAGAUCUGGAUGACGAUGGAGCUGCGACGCCCCUAAAGUCCGCUCCGCCUACCCCUCGACAGGAUUCCCGAAGCCCGAGCUGGUCCCCUCCGCCUCUCGAAGCCAUUCUGGCCUGCACGAGCCCGGACGUCGAGUCUCUGGCAGUCAGCCAUCAUGGUAAGGCAAGCCCUGGGAGGAAUCAAGUUCCAUCGAGGAUAUCUGGCUGUCGAGGUGCUCGCACCACUUCCAACGCAGCAAGAGCAAACAGUUGCCGGGCUCAGACGGUGAUUAAAAACGGAAGGACUAGACAAGGGUUGGGGAGGAAUGAGGGUCUACGAACCGCCUCCCAGGCAGCGAGCGUAAAAGAAAGAAGCUGCGGGGUUCAGAAGGAAAUCGACGAGAUUCUCAGGAGGAGGGCUCCAGGUCCGGGUCGCCGUCGCCGAUUACAGGCCUCAGGCAGUCGACGCCAUCCUGUUGACGUUGACGCGCUUUGAAGGUUCGGCCAAGUAUCAGGAAACAUGUAGUUGUAUUCAGAUUCGGUUAAAGAUCAAGUACCUCUCUCGCCAUAAAUCACCCAAUGAAGCCUAGCUCGUCCGAG